UCUGUGGUAUUCUGCUGUAGUCUCGCGAGAACACGAGUCUGUGCUGUUCUCCUGCUGUAUGUUGAUGUUUUUCUCCGGACUGCGUGUUUGUCUUCUUUAUGUGGCGUCUCAUGAGCCUCAGCACUGAGCACCCGUCUGACUGAGCGCCUCCCGGAGGCCCCAGGCGGCCAUGAUGGAGGACUUUGAUGAGAUUUACGAGGAGGAGGAAGAGGAGGAGGAUGAAGGCCGUGCGGCGGAGGAACAGCUGCUUAAAUUCGGCCCUGAGCCGGUGCAGGUUCGCGGUGCAGGCCGAGCCACCGUGUUUGGACUCAGCAAUAAAUUUGAGACAGAAUUUCCUUCAGCACUCACAGGGAAGGUGGCGCCGGAGGAGUUUAAAGCCAGUAUCAGUCGUGUGAACGGCUGUCUGAGGAAGACGCUGCCGGUGAACGUGCGAUGGCUGCUGUGUGGCUGUCUGUGCUGCUGCUGCACGCUGGGGCUCAGUCUGUGGCCCGUCAUCUGCCUCAGCAAACGAACACGCAGAUCCAUAGAGAAGUUACUGGAGUGGGAGAACAACCGCCUUUAUCACAAGUUGUGUUUGCACUGGAGGCUGAGCAAAAGGAAGUGUGAAACCAACAACAUGAUGGAAUAUGUUAUCCUAAUAGAGUUUCUACCCAAGAUUCCCAUCUUCAGGCCGGAUUAGCAGCCCCUCACGCUGUCCUCUGCCUAAGGUGCCUUCCUCUGGUACUCUCACACGUCCCUCUGUACAGACUAUAAACUCUUCCCAUAUACACAAACGCAUAUAUCCUCAUAUAAAUACAUGUACUCAGACGUAUACGCUGCUUCUCCCCAUGCACAGUGUCACAGUACUGUUUACACACCUGCUUAAACCCCGCCCCUCACACCCCCUCACACCCCCCUGUUCGGUCAGAGCCACCUGAGAACAUCACGGUCCUGCAGCACAAGGCUCUGAGCCACCGGCAGCCGUGACGGGAAGCUGGAUACGGUGGUCAAACCGGGGGUUACCAUGGCGACAGAACAACAAUCAAAGAACAAUCCAAUGUAUUUUUUUUUUCCAGCACUGAGCUAACAGCAUCAAAGAGUCAAGAGAGUGGGUGGAGCUUAUCUUUGAUCAGCCAAUGAUCCGGAAACCAUGAUCGUGUGACAUCACAACCUUAUAAUAACCAGCUAAUGCUAACGGCUAGUUUGUGAUCGGUCUAGUCGCUCCAUAACAGAUAAACAUCCACCCUUUUCCUUCAUCGGACCUAAAAGAGACAAUCAUGCGCCGGCUGCACCGAACGAGACCGACACGUGUAGUAAACAAACAGUGUGUGAGCCCGGACCCCUUAAUGCAGCACACCGUGGAGGAUUUCUAGUCUUUUGUUAUUUUUAAUCUUGUGAGAACGUUAUCAAGCCCAAAGAAUCUUCUCAUAGAAGAAGCUGCGUGUGAGACGAGUGGUGAAAUCCUGUGAAAACAAAGCUGUGUCUCAAGUCACAUCGGUCUUUGGUGAUUCAGUCGCGGCUGGUCUUCGUUAGCAUGCUAACGUCUGAAUCUCUACUGUAUAAAGUGUUAAGUGUGUUCUACACUACAUACGUUUAAACAUCAGGUCACUGUGAUUUGAGACACAGCCCUACGCUGACAACUGGCCGUUCUGCUAGCCGUUAGUACACAACAAUUCUUUCAGCUUGAUUACAUUUAACACCAAACCUUUUGGUCUAGAAUCCAAUAAAUAAACAGGAAACAUCUUUUCUCGGCUAGCUAUAAUUACGCUAACGAGCCAAGCACACACCAGCUAGCGUGUCCGUCAGCUACGUUUCUGUCACGGAACAGUUUCCGUGUGAAACAUCAGGAUUGUGACUUUUUUUUUUUAAAGACCGUUAUGUUUCCAUGAUCGUUAUGUUUCAUGCAGCAUGCUAAGAUUCUAGCUAGCGAGCUGAUUUUCUUCACUUUUAUUGCUAAAGUUCUACUUUACUUAGCAACGUGGCUAAAUGUUCUUACUCCUGUGAGAAGAUUUUCUGUCAGUAAAAUUCCCACAAGCCUUUUAUUUUAUUUUGAAAGAAUUUUUAGCUUUGUUUACCUGCUCGUUUAAAAAGAGCAGCUAAUGUUCAACUUGUGUGUGUGUGUGUGUGUGAGAGUGAGUGAGUGUGUGUGUGUGUGUGUGUGUGUGUGUGUGUGUGUGUGUGUAAAUGUAAAACAGUCUACAGACUUUACUGUGGUUUAAACAGAAAAACAAACCUUCCCUCUUGUAUUUAAAGACUUUAAUAAAGUCGGAUGUCUGUCAUGACGCCUCACACCAGUGAGAGCUAACUGAGCUUCCACCUUAGAGAUUCACUUUAACUCCACAGACACUGGAGCGUCUCUGACUUCUGGAUGAUUAGAACCAAGAUUUUUUUCACUUUGGUGCUUUUUCAGGAAAAGAAACGAAGCGGAUUGAAGUGAAACGUUAAUAAAGCUGCCAAUUAGCACCGUAUCUAUAAAACAGUUUGUGUGAGUGGAGCUCAGGAUUAAGAUUAUAGUAAAACCUCAAAACUCGGUCGUUAAACAUGCUGUGAGUUUAAUUUAACGACGUGGAGCUCACGAUGUUCCCUGGAUAAAAGAAACCGAGCAGUAAAUUUACCCUGAAGCUUUUGAGUGAGUGUUUCUGUGUUUUCUAACUUCUUUAUGUUCAUCUGUUAUUACUGUUUGUUUCUCUAAAGAAUAUUUAAGUACUGUGUUAUGUACAGGAAUAAAGUACAAAUAAAGUGUG